GUAUGUGUGUACCGUACAGUUUCAGAGUAAAGUGGAAUAAAUCAAAACAAGAGAUGGAUUUCAGUGAGAAAAUCAUUAAAAGGAUCACAAUUGAAGUGGAAAAGCGGCAUUUCUGGAAUAUGAUUGGUAUUCAUACAUUUAAUCCUCAGCUACUCAAUCGGAGGAUUGUAGGAGGAUCAAUUUUGAAUAUUUUGGAGUGGCCUCUUCAGAGACAUAACCUCAAAAGUAUGCUAAAUUGUGUCCAGGAACUGGGAGAUUUGACUAAACUUCAAGACAGAGAGAAAUUAGUCUCACUGGACAUCAAUGAAGUGAAAUCUUUACUCCAGUCGGAUUGUCAUAAUCUCAAAUCCUGUAUUAUCUCUAUAAAAUUGCUCCAGAAGAAUCAACAAAAUCCCCAAUUAAUCCUCAUUGCCUUCUUGAAUGUUCCUGAAUGCACAGCUUCGUACUUUACAUAUUGCAAAGAGAAAGGAUUUUUAAAGCUCAAAUCCGGGUACUAUCUGCAUCACAGAAACUCAGAUUUUGAACUUGGAAGGUAUAGAGUGGAUGGAGUAGAGGACAGAGACGAUUGGUUGAAGAAUAUGUUUCCUAAAUUUAUCAAAUGGAUGGCCUCGGAAACUCCCCGAGGAAGAUACAAUAUCCCGUCCCUAUCACUGGUAGACAUUGAGGAUUACAGUUUAAAAUAUUCUCAGAUGAAAGAUAAAUAUGGAGAGGAUCUGGUUAAGGACUGGUCAGAAGUGACAGAUCCUCAAAAAUUUGUCUUUGAAGACUUAGCCAUUGCCACGUAUCUCCUUUUGAUAUGGCAGGAAGAAAGAAAACUCCAAGGAAUAACAAAAUUUCAAUCAUUUAUCGAUGUAGGAUGUGGAAAUGGCCUUUUAGUUUUUAUACUAAAUUCCGAAGGACAUCCAGGAAUUGGAAUUGAUCUCCGAAAGCGAAAAAUCUGGGAUAAUUAUCCAAAAACGGUUCAACUAUUGGAAAAAACUAUCAAUCCCGCUGAAGAAGAUCAAAUGCCAGUAACAGAUUGGAUUAUUGGAAAUCAUUCUGAUGAAAUGUCUCCUUGGAUUCCUGUUCUAGCAGCUCAAAAUUCAUCAAAUUGCAAUUUUUUCCUUCUUCCUUGCUGUGCAUAUGAAUUCAAUGGGAUGAAAUAUCAAAGGAGAAAUUGCAAAAAUUCCCUUUAUCACGAUUUCAUUGAUUAUACCGUUGAAAUUUCGAAAAUUUGUGGAUUUUCUGUUGAUAUUGAUCGUCUUAGAAUCCCCAGUACUAAAAGAAUAUGCCUGAUUGGAAAAGACAGACAACCAGUCAAGAAGGAAAUUCUUAUGAAGUUUAUAGAAGAAAAAUUAAAUAUCAAAUUCAAAGCACGAGAUGCUGUUGAAAAAGUCCGAAAUUGUACACAACUUCCCAAAAAUAUUACAAGUCAAAUUGUUAGCAUUGUUUUCAAUGAACUCCUUCGACCCUACGAUCAUCAUGACUCUGAAAUCAAAAAGUGGAAUCCUGGAGUAACUCUAGAUAUGCCCGAUCUCAUUGAAAAAAUCCCAAAGGACCUCCUGAAAGCACUCAAAGAGGAAUGUGGUGGCUUGCAAACUCUCUUGCGAAAUCAUCAUCAGAUAUUUGAAGUUAUGAAAGGACAAGUAAAGAUUCGCUAUCCACAAAAAAUCGUUAAUCAAGAAGCAAAGCCCGAAUUAAACGACAAAAAAUCAAGAUCCAGAGGAGCCAAAAAGAAGUUUAAAGAAAGAGAUUGUUGGUUUCAUCAAAAUCAUCCAGAUGGUUGUCCUCUUUCCAAUGAUGAUUGUUCCUAUCGUCACAAUUCCAUUGAAUGAAUAAAAGAAUGUGAUCCAUACAUA